GCUGCUGCUGCUGUCUGCAGUGGAAAUGAUGCUGUACGAUGUGAACUUUGUCCUUCUCAUCGACAAAGAUUGAAACAACGUGGCCAUCGCGCGGUUGAGGGAUCAGAAACCUACAGUAGCUCGUAUAUCGUAUCCUCUCGCUGCUAAACUUGCCCUGCCCUGCGAGGUUGAUGCAACGAUCGUGAAGCAAAAAUAAGCGGCGUGUGGUGUGGUUGACAUGUCGGCGACGAAACAGGCGAUUUACCAUUCCCGUUCUAACUCUGUAACUUUAGUUAGAGGAGAACAGCUUUUACCGCCUUGGAAAGACGCCAGCCAAGCUGCCGGCAGUGGCUAUUCUCACACAAGGAAGGAAGGAUGUGGAGUAUGAUGGAAUCCAUAACACAACAACAACACCGCAAGGAUAAUAAUAAUGCAUGAUGGUAUUGCUCUGUUUCGUGAGCGUGCACGAGUACUUGUCACGGUUAGGAGACUUUCUCUCUCGGUGUGUCGUUCCGUCUCGGUGACUGCGGACGUGUGACUGUGAGGAGGCUGGAUGGCUUCGUGCAAGGUAGUGGUUACGUUACGAUGAUGUGGGAAUGGAGACUAGCCGCCGGCCUUUGGGAGAGACGGAGUGCUUUCUCUGUAGACUCGGUUGAGACCAGAGACUGCGCUCGAUGUCAUGGCGGGUUGUGGGCUGCGACUGUGCGUAGAAGAGAGGAGGACUGCAGCUGGGGCUUGGAUCUGGUUCGGUGUGGUUCAGACAGCCUUUCCAUCCCGCUGUGUGACACUCCAUCGACCGACUCCCUCCAUUCGUGGACCUCGGCCGGUCUGAUGUGCAUUCUGCCGAAUCCGUUAAGGGAGAGGAGUGUCGAACAUGGGGAAUGAAUUCUCCGAGGGAAUGAAUCUCAGAGUGCAACAUGAGUUGACUCGUCACUCGGACGGAGAUUUCGACAAGACUGGACAGGAGGCCGUGCUGGAGGCCCUGUCGAGGAUGAACAACAACCGAAAAUACAGUGAUCUGAUCAUUGUCUGUAAAAAUGGUGUGCGCAAGUUUGGCAGUCGGCUGUGGUUGAGUGCCCGAUCUGCCGAGCUCGAGCGAAUUAUUACGAAUUCCUCGGUGACAGAGUCCGGGCUCUCGGUCAUCUCUCUGCCCACCAUCAGCCCGGGAGCGAUGCUCAUCGUGCUGGAAUUCUUGCACACUGGAUCGCCUGGAGCUUUCUUGCAGCGGCUGGAGUCGAAAUUCAUUCGAAGGCUGAGCCGCGAUGUGAUCGGUGCCGCCAAGCGCCUCCAUCUUCCUCGACUGGAAAACAUGUUCUGGCGUAUUUUAGAAUGGGAAGGCGAGCACGGACUGAACCUCGCUUGCAUACGCGACGACGAGGAGAAAGGAAAGGCAGAGAUUCUGGAAACUCUGGCCCGAAUAUCGAAGAUCCCUCGGCACAGCGACGUUCUCAUACGCAGCUCCAAUGGCGUGCUGGUGCCCGCCAGUCGCCUCUGGUUGUCUGCGAUGUGCCCCGUCCUGGGAAGGUUAUUCGGAUGCAAGGGGGCCAGUGCCGGAGGUCAGACCUUCAGAGAGAAGGUCACAUUGAACGUGAGCACGGAGGUGCUGGACAUCCUUCUGGACUACCUGCACACGGGCUCGCCGAGGAUGUUCAUGCAGAGCUUGGGCGACCGAAAGCGCUGGAGUGCAGGGUUAGAAGCGAUAUGCCUAGCUCGACACCUGAAGAUUUCUCUGCUGGAGAAGUUCUUGUGGAGCUUCGCGAUGGAAGACGCGCGCAAGUCGACGGCCGAUCCGACCGACAUUGAACUGAGCGUGUUCCGCCUGGCUGAACUUCGCAACUUCCCUUACGAUUUCCUCUCUCGCAGCGUUGUCAACUGCCAGGAUCACAUUCGGAAUGUGGAAAGAGUGGCCACUGCUUUAGUGCGCAUCAUCGACCGCGGAUGGAUGGACAGCGAUCACAUUAGAGAGCUUUCGCAGGAAGAUUUCAUCUAUUUUCUCAGGAAAACACGACGAAAGAAAAAUCGACUCGCCCCGAUCGACGUCACCUACAGACUGGAGGAAUAUCAUCGGCUGAGAAGUAUCGUCAGAUGGUGUAUGUGGGACCCGAGCUGGAGCACCGAAGUGCUACCGGAAGUGGCGAUCAAAUUCGUUUCUAUCUUCUUCAGCAAGGCCGAAUAUGCGAAACCUCUGCAUUCUGAUAACUGCUCAGACUCCGAGAGGGAAGAAUGCUUCCGAUUACUGCGUAAGGACAGGCGGAGGAUAAUGCAAGCGCAAACCAUUAGGAAAAUUCUGAAAAACAUCUGUAAACUAGCGAAAUUCGAGCGGUUCUUUCUUCCAUUUGUCGACCUCGACAUUAUACAUCCAGCUCUGCUGACUAAUUUGUUGAAGCCCUGGGGCCUGAUUUCCCCUUCUGUGAUCCAGCGAGCUCUUGAUAGGCAGACUUUAAGAAAAUGUCAACUGUCCGAUUAUGUGUAUGCUGAUUUCCGAUAGCGAUCUCCGAACUUAUGAAAUUGAAGGAUCCACAGAGGCUACAACCACUCGGACACAGAGAGCCGAAGAAGCGUCCUGAAAGUAGAUUUGACGACCGAGAGAUCGAAAACAGGGCAGAGUGGGCAUCACGUGAAAUAUGGCAUUCUCUGAAAAGCUAUUUCAGUGGACAACUCGUUCCCUCACGUAGAGACUUCGACGGUCAGUGCUCAGUUCUAGAGCGAACGAUGUAAUUUUAGGAUGUUGUAUAAAUGUGUAUAAAGAAUUUGGUUCAUCAGCCCUGCGAUUAUUCUACUUGCCGAAUAGGUUGCUUCACUGACUGGCGGUGGAGAGCGACAUCAGAAUCGCACAGAGCCUGAGGAUUCAGUUUUGCAAGUGAUUUUCUUAUCCAAGUCAAGCUCAAGUCUCACCUUCAAUUGUGACGGGUAGCAAGCUCUUGCGAAUGAAUCGAGCUUCAGUUGACUCAUUGUCGGAGGACAAACAAAAUCCGAUCAUUUCCAGCAAUGCACACCCCAAAGGAAAACCUGAGCAUCCAGCAUUCCAGAGCAUGAGGAGGAAUGAUUCUUACUGCAUUCAGUUUGAGUGAUUUGAGGGCCAGAUUUUCAUCAGGCUCCCACAGAAAUUUGCGAGCUGGAUGUUUCACGCUACAGAUCUGAGAAAUGCUUGCACCCGACCAAGGAAUAUGGGAAGACUUCCAUCCACGUUCACAGGUAUGGAUUUUGACAGCUCAGGUAAUCAUUUGGACUCGCCGCGUAUGGGGACGCAAGGUGGUAAACUCAUUAAGCACAACAGGUCAUCGAACCAUACCAGAUGAGAACCAGCGGCAGAUAGGGACGCGAAGGCAGACACCAAAUUGUGGUAUUUUACAUGUUCAACACACCUCAAGCCUCUGCGUUUUGUGAGGUAUGAAUCUCGACUGUAGUCCUGGCGGAACCUGUGACAUGCGUCCGCAGAUUGCACCAACCCCAUGAUCAGGUAUACAGUGUAGCUUCUUAAAAUUAUCAUCAAAUGUUGUUCGAUAGGGUCACUCUAGGUUUAAUAUUAUAUAGAGCU